AUGGGACUCCUCGCAGAAAACAAGACUCGACGGAAGAUCAACAAGGAUCCAAACAACACAAAAUGGACCAAAGAUACGAAUACCUUCGGCCAGAAGAUUCUGCGAGCUCAAGGCUGGCAACCAGGCCAGUUUCUUGGAGCACAAGAUGCGCCGCACUCGGAAUUGCACACGGCCGCCAACGCCUCAUACAUUCGCGUGGUUCUUAAGGAUGACAUGAAGGGAUUGGGCUUCAGCAAGUCGAAGGAGGAUGAAGUUACUGGUCUAGAUGUCUUUCAAGAUCUGCUCAGUCGACUCAACGGAAAGACGGAUGAAGCUAUCGAGGAGGAUCAGCAAGCGCGACUCGCUGUAAAGACGCACCACUUUGUUGAGCAACGAUACGGAGCCAUGAAGUUCGUCUACGGUGGCCUACUGGUGGGCGAUGAGAUGAAGGAAGUGGAAGAGAAGAAGGCCGACCAGCAAGCAGAGUCAAACUCCGACGACGACGUUGUCAUGGAACCUGCCCCUGCACUAAAAGAAUCCAAAAAGGAGAAGAAGUCUAAGAAGAGAAAGGCAACCGACGACAAUGACGCGGGGGAAACCUCAAGUCGAGAAACCGAUUCAAAGAGCAAGAAAAGACGCAAGGAAGAGCAAAAAGGAAUGGAGACCGAUAGUGACGACGCCAGGGCCAAGAAGAAGAAAGAAAAAAAGUACAAAAAAGAGAAGUCCCGCAAAAAGCCCGCAGAGGACAUCUCAGACGACGAGAACGUCGAAGAGCGUUCAAAGAAGCGAAAGUCUAAGUCCAAGGACAAGAGCUCAGACGAAGAAAAGGUGAAGGAGAAGAAGUCUAAAAAAGAUAAGAAGGAUAAGAAGAUGCGCAAGAAAGAAGAGCAAGCAUCCGAAUCAACCAGCACAUCAGUCACACAGAACUCUACACCCACGGCUUCGGUACCUGGAACAGGAGCCACGACACCAUCUGGCACAUCGACCCCUAGAGGAAGUAGGAAUUUUGUGCGGUCACGAUUUAUUGCGCAAAAGAGACAGGCUGUGCUUGACACCAAGGCACUGAACCAGAUUUUCAUGGUCAAAGCAUAG